AAAAACAGAGAGGGCGAAGCGAGCUGUUCCACAGUCGUCGUCCCCUGUCUGCCCCCCCCCCCCGUCCUCCGCCCGCAAUCGAAUCCCGGGGGCUGGUGACUGGCGAGCGAGCGGGAUGGCGACGAUGACCUCGGAGCUGCUGCGGCCGGUGCACGCGGCGCAGGCGCUGGACGAGGCGGCGCUGCUGCGCUACGCGGCCGCGCACGUCCCGGGCUUCCCCGGGCCCGCGCCGUCGCUCGCCCUCACGCAGUUCGGCCACGGCCAGUCCAACCCCACCUACUGCAUCCAGGCCUCCGCGCCCGGCGGGGAGGCCCGGCGCUACGUGCUGCGGAAGAAGCCCGCCGGCGCCAUCCUCCAGUCCGCCCACGCCGUCGAGCGCGAGUUCCAGGUUCUCAAAGCUUUGGGUGCCUACACGGAUGUUCCUGUCCCUAAGGUGUUUUGCCUUUGCACUGAUGCCAGUGUGAUCGGAACCCCAUUCUACAUAAUGGAGUAUCUGGAAGGAGCAUUAUAUCUUAAUAACAAGUUAACGGGAAUAACCCCAGAUAAACGGAGGAAUAUAUACUUGGCUGCUGCGAAAACUUUGGCUGCUAUACACAAAAUUGAUGCGACCGCAGUUGGACUGCAGAAGUAUGGAAAAAGAGACAAUUAUUGCAAAAGACAAGUAGACAGAUGGGGGAAACAAUAUCUUCAUUCAACUGGUGAAGGGAAGCCCGCGCGUUAUCAGAAGAUGCUUGAUCUGAUUGAUUGGCUGAAAGAAAAUAUACCAGAAGAAGAUUCAUCAACAGGAUUGGGAACUGGCCUUGUUCAUGGUGAUUAUCGUGUUGAUAACCUUGUUUUUCACCCAACUGAGGAUCGAGUGAUAGGUGUACUUGAUUGGGAAUUAUCUACUUUGGGGAAUCAGAUGUGUGAUGUUGCUUACAGCUGUAUGCCAUAUAUUAUUGAUGCAACACUCAGUGAAAAUAGUUCGUAUGGAGGAUUUGAACAUUCUGGCAUUCCAGAUGGCAUUCCUCAACUGGAAGAGUACCUAGCUGUGUACUGCUCUAUGUCUGCACGACCUUGGCCUGCAGCAAAUUGGAAGUUCUACAUUGCCUUUUCACUGUUUCGAGGGGCAUCUAUCUAUGCAGGAGUAUACCACAGAUGGACUAUGGGUAAUGCUUCAGGUGGUGAGCGUGCUAGAUUUGCCGGUAAGGCUGCCAAUGUUAUGGUUGACUGUGCCUGGCAUUACAUUAAUAGAGAAAAUGUCCUGCGAGCACACCCUGCUACAGGUAUGCAUGUCUUGAAGGCUCCCCGGCAAGGUUUUCAUGUAGAGCAGGAAGAUUCAACUUUGACAAAUGGUCAAGGAAAAUUUGUUCCUAGCGAAAAGGUUAUGCAGCUACGGCAAAAAAUAAUAAAGUUCAUGAAAGAUCAUAUAUAUCCCAAGGAGGAUGAGUUAUACAAACAUGCACAAUCAACCUCACGGUGGACAAUCCAUCCUGAAGAAGAAAAUUUGAAAGCAUUAGCAAAAGAGGAGGGAUUGUGGAACUUAUUUAUUCCGCUUGACAGUGCAGCUAGAGCAAGAAAGCUACUACUUGAGGACCAAUCUCAUGUUUCUGCUGGAAGUUCAAAUGAUCUUUUGCUAGGUGCUGGUCUCACAAAUCUUGAGUAUGGAUAUUUAUGUGAGAUUAUGGGCCGGUCAGUUUGGGCUCCACAAAUAUUUAACUGUGGUGCACCCGAUACGGGUAAUAUGGAGGUCCUGUUGAGAUAUGGGACUAAGGAGCAACAGAAGCAGUGGCUUGUUCCUCUACUGGAAGGGAAAAUUCGUUCGGGAUUUGCAAUGACAGAACCACAAGUUGCAUCUUCAGAUGCAACAAAUAUAGAAUGUGCAAUAUCCAGGCAGGGAGAUUUCUAUGUGAUAAAUGGCAGGAAAUGGUGGACCAGUGGGGCUAUGGACCCGAGGUGCAAAAUCCUGAUAUUAAUGGGAAAAACAGAUUUCUCUGCACCUAGACAUAAACAGCAGUCGAUGAUCUUAGUGGAUAUCAACACUCCCGGAGUGCAGAUAAAGAGACCAUUGUUAGUCUUUGGGUUUGAUGAUGCACCGCAUGGACAUGCAGAGAUUACUUUUGAUAACGUGCGUGUUCCUGUCACAAAUAUCCUCCUCGGAGAAGGACGUGGUUUCGAGAUUGCUCAAGGAAGACUAGGUCCUGGAAGAUUACAUCAUUGCAUGCGACUAAUAGGAGCAGCGGAACGUGGCAUGAAUAUGAUGGUUGAGAGGGCCUUAAGCAGGACCGCUUUUGGAAAGAAGAUUGCACAGCAUGGUUCCUUUCAGUCAGACCUGGCAAAGUGUCGGAUAGAACUGGAGCAAACUAGGCUUCUGGUGCUUGAAGCAGCCGAUCAACUCGACCGGCAUGGGAACAAGAAAGCCCGCGGGAUCCUCGCAAUGGCCAAGGUGGCGGCCCCAAAUAUGGCCCUGAAAGUGCUUGACAUGGCAAUACAAGUCCACGGCGCUGCUGGGGUCUCAUCCGACACGGUCCUAUCCCAUCUAUGGGCAACCGCUAGGACACUGCGGCUCGCCGACGGCCCUGAUGAAGUCCAUCUCGGCACGAUCGCAAAGCUGGAGCUGCAAAGGGCGAGGAUGUAAGAUCAGGACCAUAUAUAUUGAAUAAAAAGGGGGACGGCAAACUUCUGGAGAAGGUCAGUUAAGGACAUCAUCAGAGUCACGGGUAGAUAGAAUGGUGAAAUAAGUGGCGUUAGAUUCCUCCUCCAUGUACACUCCCUGUUUGCCUUGUCGAUUCCCUUGUCAUUUGUCCACUAGAACCAUGACACAUCUUUAAUUUUCGUCCUCUGUUGUAAAGAGUCCAACCCUACCAGCACAGUUACAUGAGUACCAGUGACUAUUACAGAUCUGAACAAUAGUUAUACACUACCAAUGGGCAUUGCAGAUCUGAACA